CGCUGGGGGGGAACGGGGAGAGACUUUGAGCCGAGUUUGGGAAGUUGGCGAAAAGUUGAAUGAACUUUCUGAAAAGUUUGACAAAGUUUGUAAAAGUUGCUAUCUUUGUUUUGUUCCGUGUUUUCCAGCUUUCCCGGGAUUCCUUCUCCCUCCCCGCACCUGAGGAUUUAUUUCUGGGGGGGUUCUCUCUCUCUCUGAAGGCUUGAGAAACAAAAGGCGCCCCGGACUAGAGUUGUUGUUGUUGUGGAGAGAGAGGAGUGUUCUCCCCUGGGGAGAGUUUGUUGUAAUCCUCUCUCUCUCUCGGUGUCUCUGGGGUUUGGCGAUGGCGAGCGGCGGUUACCGACCUCCCGGGAAUACCACCGACUUCCUGGAGGAAUGGAAAGCCAAGCGGGAGAAGAUGCGAGCCCGGUUCGCCGCAGCAACCGGCGCUAACUCCGCCGAGAGCGGCCCGAACCGGAACGGUGCCCCGCCGCCCGCCGCCGAGCUCAGCAACAACAACAACAACAACGGCGGCGGUAGCGCCGGGGACCGGGAGCGAGCGGCCGCCAGGAGUGUCCCUCCCAUCAACAAGCGGCCGGACGAGGACGGGAGCGGCGCCACCAAAGGCAGCGAGAGCGGAGCCAGGAACCCGGCGGCGGACGAGGUGGAGGCGGAGAGUCCGUCCGCCGCUCCCGCCGCUUCCUCGGCGUCACCUCCCGCCAGCAGCAAGAUCAAAGAGAAGGGUAAGAGCUCCGGGCCCAGCGCCAGGAAGGGCAAAGGGCAGAUCGAGAAGAGGAAGCUCAGGGAGAAGAGGAGGUCUACAGGAGUGGUCAACAUCCCAUCCACUGAGAGUCCCGAUGAUGAUGAUCAUUCUGACCAGAAGCUGCAGCAGAGAGAGGAUGCCAUUACUCAACAGAACACUCUCCAGAACGAGUCCAUCACAUCUGAUCCAAACAGCCCGUACAUCGAAACACCAAGAACUACAAGCCGAUGGAAAAGCACCACGAACGCUCCUGAAGAAGAUAUCACAGCAUAUUCAGCCAGUGGCAGGUAUCCUGGCCGAGUAGAGAGGCCUGGCUAUAAUCGCUAUGGAAACGCUUCAAGUUCCACAUUCAGCAGUACAUUAGAGAAGAAACUGGAAGAAUUUGAAAAGGAACUUGCGAAAGAGAGACAGGAAAAUCAGAAACUAGUCAAACUGCUACAGGACAGGGAUGACCUUAUUGGGAAACUGAAGGAAGAAAUUGAUCUACUUAACAGAGAUUUGGAUGAAAUUGAAGAUGAAAAUGAUCAACUAAAGCAAGAAAACAAGACCUUGUUGAAAGUUGUAGGCCAGUUGACUAGGUAGAAGAUGGCUGUGCUUGUUUGACAGAAGCCUGACUGAUAACUUACACAUUUUUACAAAUCUGGAGUUAGCUUUCAAUAAACAAGUAAAGACUGAAGAGAAAUCAUUCCAAGCUCACACUGUUCUCUCCUGAGAAUACAACACACCUUCUGUUAGAACUGCAUUUUGUGUGAACAUUUUGUGUUAGUAGUUGGCUUGUCUGUUGUUUUUUGAUAGCAACUGUUGGAAGUCUUAUUUCUUAAUUAAUUUCCUUACACUUCAAAAGAACUUCUUGCAAGGAGGUCACUGGUUUAAAUUAUGGUAACAGUUUGGUCAUCUAUAUGAUUCAGGAUCAACUCAUUCUCGAUGUAUUCUCUCUCGUCAUUUUUGCAUUGAAAAUUCACGUGCUGAAAUUGUUGAAAAUUGUUGAAUUGCUGAAAAGAAAGGUAUUUGUGCUUUACAUAGAAUUUAAAACAAGGUUUAGGAAGACUUAGUCUCAUGAAUGGUAAUCAUCUGAGGAACUUCUGUAGGGAAUAUCUUUCCCAUUUAAAUUCUGAGCAAAACCCUCAGAGUUCCCAGUACAAGUUUAACAUGUCCAAUGGUCUUUCUUAUCCGUGUAUUUGAAACCUUGGUGAAGUGAUGUGUGGCUUGGCAACUGCACGAAGAAGAUGAUCACAGUGAUUUAACGCCUUACAUUCACACUGCAGGAGGAACUGCGAGGCUGGUUCUCAUUGAGUUUGUAAGUAAUUCACGUCAGGAGUCAGGCCCCUAACCUGGAGUGACUGGGUGUAAGAAUUGCCAAAGGAAUUAAUCUCUCUCUCUCUCUCUCUCUCUCGCUUCGGUCAUUCUAUCUCACACCUUAGAUGGUUCCUGUAAAUAAAAGCAAAACACUGCAGAUAUUGGAAAUCUGAAGCAAUCUUGGAGAAUGCUGGAAAUCCCUCAGCAGGUCUGGUAGCAAAUGCAGAGAGAGAGAAACUGAAUUAACGUUUCGGGUCCAGUGACCCUUCUUAAAAAGAAGUCAUUAACAGACACAAAACAGUAAAUCUGCCAAACAUGCUCGAGUUUCUCCAGAAUUCUUUAUGUUUGUUUCAGGUGGUUCCUGGGUCAAACGUAGGUGUAACUCUUUACUUACAAUUCAUAGUUUGGUUUUAUUCAAUAACUAUUCAAUGAAAUGGGUCAGAGAGCUGACGAUAGCUUUGGUUCAAGGUGGAACCACACCCAUAUGUUCCCUUGUGCUGGAAUGGUCUUAACAAGACAGUGUUUAAGUCUUAAAAUUAUUGUUUGUAUCUUUGUGUUUUGAACAUCACUGCUUCCUGCCCUUCACUAUAUUCAGUUAUCACAGCUUUUUUAUGGCUGCUUGAAAUUAUUUUUUUUCCUGACUGGAAUAAAUUACAUUCCAAACUCAUGAAGUUAACUUUCCGUAAUGUACAAACAGCCACCAAUAAGAUGCAGCUUUUUAUUUUGCAGGACAAUGUACACUACAUAACAAUAAACAUUUUCUUAGAAUUGAAUCCACUUUUUUGAAUGCGUGGACCAUUGUCAAACUAGAACAAACGAUCAUUUAAUCUCUCACAGAGAGAAACAAAAGGUUUUCUUUUGAAAAUAAAGCUUUUCAGUUUUGAAGUUAUUGCAAUAUUAAAAGCCUGGAGCUCUAAUGUUUGACAGAAUGUAAAUUCAAAGUGGCUGAUGGUGACUUUUGACUACUACUGGGACUCAUUCCUACAACUUUGAACACAUUGGUUUCCCUUUGUAGAUUAGACUAGUGGAUCAGAAAGGACAAUACUUUAUAAUCUGUUUAUGCUGUUGCAGAUAAAUUUACACAAAAUAAAUUCUGGAGCAUACCACGAUUACAA